CCUCCCACGCUCCUCUUCCUCAUCUCGACUUUGCUUACCUGCUCGCCUCGAACACCUGGAUCUAGAGCUCCCAGCCCUGCCCCCACCUCUCAUAUUGGAUAAUGAAGGUGGUUUUGAUGACCUCAUGCCGCCCCUCCCUCCACCAGUGGACUACAACACAGAUGCCUCUGAACAAUACCUGGAGAAAGUGGAGGCGCUGUACAGUUACGAGGCCUCCAAACCCGACGACCUGUCGCUGUCAGAGGGCGACGUCAUCGACCUGCUCCACCGCCAUGCCGACGGCUGGUGUGAGGGGGUCCUCAACGGCAACAGGGGUUUCUUCCCUGGCAACUACGUCCAAUCACAUGGCAGCGCCGACACCCCGCCAGUGUAAACCUGAGUUCUACCUGAUAAUAAGUGUCAUUUCCAUCAAAACAAACCAAACUACAGUCGCAGCAUGUUUUAUAAUAAGUGAUUAAUUCAUAAUUGAUCUCUCCAACAUAUUGAGAAUAUAUAGAAUAUGUACGAGUAAAGGAGUUGCUUACUUAUACCAACGUGACUCUAGGCCACUUCAUCUGGUUUCAUGGUUAUUUGAUGGUUGAACUAGAGAAGAUGGGACUCAGGUGGAACAAGACAAAUCCAUCUUCUAGAGAAAGACGUUUAAGCUCAGAAGUAUAGUUUAUAAUAUGAAGGAGGCUAGGCUCCAAAAUGACCAAUUGUACUACGAAUUUCAAUAUAAUUCAGUUUAUUAUAUAAAGCCCAACAUCACAAAUCACAAACUCCCCUCAGAGGGCUUUACAGUCACAGUAGAGACACAGAACAAACAACAUGAACUGUAUCUGAAGUGUGUUUGUGAAAGAAAACCCUUUUAAAAUGUCAAAACAAAUGUUAACAUACUAAAGUAAAAGUAGUAUUACCACACUGUAAAAUACUCUGUUAUGAGUAUUACUCCUGCAGUCAAAAUGUUACUCAAGUAAAAGUACAUCAACAUAGUCUUAAAUAACCAAAAGUAAAAGUGCUCAUUAUGCAGAAUAAUAUAUAUUAUGUCAUUGUAUUUUUGGGGGGAGUUUUUCUUGAUCCGAUGUGAGGUCAAAGGUCAGGGAUGUCGUAUGUGUACAGAUUGUAAAACCCUCUGAGGGGAGGUUGUGAUUUUGGGCUAUACAAAAUAAACUCAAUUGAAUUGUACUAUAUUUAUUGAUGCAUUAAUGUUCAUAUUCAUAUUAAUUAAUAUUCACUUUAUGUACUGCUGGUAGUUUAAUCUAUAAUAUUAUAUCUUCAUUUAUUAUUACAAUCUUUGAAGUAACUAAAACAGUCAGAGUAAUCCUUGAAUACCCUCAAAUCCUGUUAAUGACAUUUAUUAUUAUUUUGUGACAUUUUAUAAAGAAAACUAAAAUUUAGAUGCAGAUUAUUGAAAUAAAACUAAUAAUUGUAGCAGCAUUUAUUUCAGUUAAUUUAUUAAUUUUUUAGGUUAAAAUAUUACUGUUUCCGUUCUCGAUUAAUCAAAUAAACGCUCGAGAAAAUCUUAGAAAAUGAUACAAAAUUGAAAGUGGUGUAAAAUAGAAUUUAAAAAGUGAAAAACCUCAAAUCUUAAGGUCAUAAAUGAGUCCAACAAUAAAGUCAGAACUAACUGUAAUAAAAGGACUUCCCUUGAUAUUGGCUUUAAAUGUAUAAUCUGACCGGAGCUCAUGUGAUCGGCUCAUCUGUGAAUCAGAGUGUUUGGGACCUGGCUGCCAUGUUGAACACAAGCCCCGCCCACCACCACGUUCUCCUUUUACAGGAGAGAAACAUGGACCGUCAUGUGAUCUUAUUUCAGAAUAAAUAUGUACACAGAGACAAA